GAGGCGGGUCCUAUCAACCUCCGUUGAUUUCGCUCUUCAACAACACGGUCUUUUUUAAAGUUCCGUAGACGAUGAGAGAAAGGGGUUGUGAGGAUACGGAAAAAUAGGGACGGUUUGAAUAUUGUAGAUGCUCGUGGGACACAAAGAGAAUCAAAAGAAGAAACGAAGGGGCAUAUCUGGGAGCUUUUGUAUCAUAUUAACCGUUUCCUGGUGUUUAAAUACGGGUAGGCAAUAGCUAGCGCCAUCAGGCUAACGGUGUUAGCAGCUAGCGAUCAACCAAACGACAAAGGAAAUAUAGCCAGUAAAUCCACAUUUCCAUAACGAUAUCUUUUAUACGCUUUGCUUGUUCGGAUCGGGGCCUUAUUUUUUGACCAAUCUCCAAGAUAACAGAAAACGGCAGACUCGACCUGUUUGAAUAAACCCGACCAAAAUCCACUAAAAUGGCGGAGCCGGACAAAUUAAACAUUGACUCCAUAAUACAGCGUCUCCUGGAAGUUAAAGGCUCCAGGCCAGGCAAGAACGUACAGCUGACAGAGAGCGAAAUCCGUGGCCUCUGUCUCAAAUCUCGAGAAAUUUUCCUCAGCCAGCCAAUUCUGCUGGAGCUGGAAGCACCACUCAAGAUCUGCGGUGAUGUUCAUGGUCAGUACUAUGACCUCCUUCGUCUCUUUGAGUAUGGCGGCUUUCCUCCUGAGAGCAACUACUUGUUCCUGGGGGACUAUGUGGACAGAGGGAAGCAGUCUCUAGAGACCAUCUGCCUCCUGUUGGCCUACAAAGUCAAAUAUCCUGAAAACUUCUUCCUGCUGCGUGGCAACCAUGAGUGCGCCUCUAUCAACCGUAUAUAUGGCUUCUAUGAUGAGUGUAAGCGACGGUAUAACAUUAAGCUGUGGAAGACUUUCACAGACUGUUUCAACUGUUUACCUGUGGCUGCCAUUGUAGACGAGAAGAUCUUCUGUUGCCAUGGAGGCCUCUCUCCAGACCUGCAGUCAAUGGAGCAGGUGCGGCGCGUCAUGCGGCCCACGGACGUACCUGACCAGGGGCUGCUGUGUGACCUGCUUUGGGCCGACCCAGACAAAGACGUGCUGGGUUGGGGAGAAAACGACCGUGGCGUGUCCUUCACCUUUGGUGCAGACGUGGUGGCCAAAUUCCUUCACAAACAUGACAUGGACCUAAUAUGCAGGGCACAUCAGGUGGUGGAGGACGGUUAUGAGUUUUUCGCAAAGAGACAGUUAGUCACCCUGUUCUCCGCUCCCAACUACUGUGGCGAGUUUGAUAACGCUGGGGCCAUGAUGAGUGUGGAUGAGACACUCAUGUGUUCCUUCCAGAUCCUUAAACCAGCCGAUAAGAAGCUGUACUACGGUGGAGGAGGUGGAAUGGGCUCGGGGCGUCCAGUCACCCCACCACGAAAUUCAGCCAAGGGUGGAAAAGCCAAGAAAUAACACCCGCUGGAUGACCCCUCCACCCCCAACCCGGCAUCCUCUCUCCUGAAAAUUCCCUGUUCUGACCCCACUCUUUCUCUACCUCCCUUCUUUCUUUCCGUCUCCAAACGGCUGUAAAACAAAACAGUACCCAGGGUUGAAGUCCUUUUCUCUCUCUCUCUCUCUUUUUAUUUUUAUUUUUUCCUCAUGUAACUUUACAAAUGUGUGUUUAUAUAUGAGACUGCGUGUGUGAGCGUCGGUUAUGUUUGUUACGCUCUUUGUGUUUGUUUUUCCACCCAUCCUUCCCUCCCCCUCCACCACUCAUUGCCCCCAUCUCUCCACCUGUCUCUCUGUCAGGGAGCGUCUGACGAAGCCUCCGCGUAAACGCCCAGCCAGGCUCUGGGGAAGAUUGAGACAGACAGAGGGGUCAAAAAGGGGUGGGUCGAGAGGUGCGGGUCAAGCCCCCCUCACCGUUUGUGUCCCUGCAUUGUUUUGAACACAGAACUUGCACAUCCUUCAUUAGUUAGAGAGCCAGUCUGAGUGAAAUGUGAUACAUGUGUAUACACACACACACAAACACACACACACGCAGGGAGAAUGGAUGUGCAGAGAAAGCGUGAGGUAGAGAGAGACUGUCACAGGUGCGUAAUUUCCAUUUAGAGAUCCAGUGAUUUAAAACAAACAAUCAUGUUGGAACUUUUUACUUUUUUUGUAGAUGGAUCACAACAAAAGCUUUGAAAUUCUUUGCUUACUAUGUGUGUUUUUUUAGUGUCUUUUUUGAAAGACAAUUAUCAAUAAAGAGAACUUUAUUUAAACAUCCUGUACUAUCUAUCUUACUGUGUCCAGUUCUCCCAAGUUGCGACUCUCUUCCUCAGGUGUUUACUGUCCUGUUCUCGCUUUUGUUCUCUAUUUUGACUGAAGAGGACUGAAUGUAGUCUUUCAGGGUUGACCAAAGUUGACAUUUGCUGAGAAGGACUGAGAUUGUGCGUGCACCUAAUCAUUUUCUGUUCGUCUCCAGCCUGCUUGCUGCCUCUCUUUCUCUCUGUGUGCUUCCUCUCAACUCCUUUGCCUUCCAGUUGUUUUUUUUUUUCUUUUUUUUUCUUCAUUAACCUUUUUAAUUACUUCAACAUAAUUACUCUUAUCUGUCCUACUGGUCUGUCUGGUCUUCUCCUCUCACUCUUAACUAGUUAGCAUUAUCUGGGUUUGAAGCGCCGGGCGUCGCACCCAGCUCCCGGAUCUUGCUUUGCCAGCUCGACUUGUCUCUUUCCUCUAGAGAUCUGUUGUCCUUCCCAUUCCCUUCCCUCCAUUUCAAACUGUGUGUUUUGAGUUGCCAGGCAGGAUUUAAAGUUUGAUCCAUUUAAAUCUCAGAGGAGCUGCUACUGUAAUUAGGAUUUAGGAAUUUUUCUGCUCGCUACACAAACUCCAAUCACUGGUUCCAGCAGAUGGCGCAAAACUCUUAUUCACUAGUACUUAAUGUGUUUGUGAGGGAUGAGAAUACUGCAAAGCAAUACACUAGUGUCCUCUGCUGGCUCAAAGACACACUGAGUUCCUGCAGUGCCCUGCUUUGUAUGUUCUGAGAUGAAUAGUUUUGUAAUUUAAAGCAGAAUGGUGACAUCAAACAGGUCAACCUUUUUUUCUUCAAAAAAAAAAAAAAGUUAUGCUUUAGAUGCUCAGAAAGAGA